CGCCCGCCUUCCGCCGGAUGUUCCAGUCCCACACUUUCUGCCAUUGCGAAAAACCAUCUUUAGAUUAACGGCGACAGUUGAGCGAUUGCACUGCAGGUGUAGGUCGUAUGGUGAUCGAUCUGGACUUGAUGGGUAGCGAGACUUAGAUCUUUUCUAGCGUCGACUGUGAGAUUUUAGUCACAUUAGCCUUCGGAGUCAGCUAGAUUGUUUCGGCGGCGUCUGCCUUGGGGGUCACUCCGAUGCGCUUCUGUUUUUUUGUUUUAAGACUUUUCGGAAAGACGGUGGGCGAUCCUGGGCGAUGUUUUCGUUUCCUGUUGCGGGCCGUCUAAGGUCGAGUGGUAUCAAUGAAUGCUUGCGCUGGAGGGGCAGUUUCGAUAUUGCAACAAAUCCAGUUCCAGUGCAUUGCAACUCUAGAUCUGUGUAUGUGGGCCAGCUUGAAAUCGGUUAGUUGUGGUGAGUGCCGUUUUUGUCGGCUUGUACAAGCGCUUUAGAUCUACGCUCUCCUCAGCAUGUCGCAGUCGUUGUAAGUGCUUGUCAGCACUGCUGCACUGAUGUUGCAAUUUAUGAUCUGCAUCGAAAUCACGGGCUACACAUCCUGGUUUCGUUUUGCAGACGCCUUCUCCUUCAAUGUGUCAUUAUCAAUGUUACCUAUCAAACGAGACCACUUCAAUUUCGGAAGGUCGAACUCUCACAUAACUCUGCACACCUGAGAAUCUGAUCCGAGGUAAGAACGCCAGGUGCAUCGAUGAUGGAGAAGCCACUCAAGCAGUGCAAGUUUCUGUUUCGGAGAUCAGUCGGAGAUUUUGGACUUCUUGUAUGCUUCACAGGCUCUAUGACCAAAAGCAAGCGCCAUGAGCCGGGUUCUCCUUCCAGCUCCUCCAAGGACGAAUUUUUUAGUGACGAGGAUGCAGAUCUGGGUGUUUUCACCACAGAUAGCUCCUCCGACGCAGACAUGAACAAAGCUCCUGCAGGGAAGCUUGAAAAAAGUGGCACCAACUACACAUUGAUGCCACUGUCCGACCAAUCGACAACGCCUGCCAAGAACACCGACUCUGAAGCCAAGGAAGAGUCCUUCGUGUUCUCACCUCCGGCUUUGAAUGAUGAUGUGGUUGAAUCUCCGUCCUUUAGAACUCUCUCAGAUCCUCUUCUCAGUGUAUUUUCAUACGAUUGCGCUUCGGGGGCGAAGGCCUCAGUUAGAAUCAGUGUCAGUAAAUCGGCUGGAAGCCGAAGAUUUGGAGGCCGUCCGCAACCUCUUCCACGACCGGUCUCGAAUUCGAAAACAUAUGAAAAUGUAGUCAAGCCUGUAUGGCUACCGCUGCCGGAGCCUCAGAUUGUGACAUGCAGCAGUGACUCCACAUCUUCGAGCUCUAAAUUGAGAAUCAAUUUUGACGCGGGCUCGUUUGUAUCCACUUCGCCUAACAAGUCAUCCGCGCCUUCAGGUUUGAGUGAGGUUGGGUCAGGGAGCAAUCAGCUAAGGAAGAAGUGUACGAGGGGAGGGCUGCCCCUUCCAUCACCGUCUGUGGCGACCAAAUUGGUUCCUGGCAUUGAAUCUUACAAUUUCAGAGAGCUUCUGGAUGCCACACACGAAUUUGCACCAGAGUGUUGUAUCGAGAAGGGGGAGUUAGGCGAAGUGUAUCGCGUGUGGAUGAAGGACAGAGCUUCUGAACUAGGACUGAAGAAAGAAACGGUCGUGUUUCGACUUACAGCUAACGACAAUCAGACUUUGAAAAACUGGAAAUCGGACAUCCAAGUGCUGGCGCAGUUGCCGGAGACGAACUUGUGCCGGAUCGAAGGUUACUGCGCGCACGAGGAUGUGACAUCCGACCAAGUAAAGAGAAUAGAGCGUCUUCUUGUGUUCGAGCACCAUCCUAAUGGAAACCUUCACGACUACCUUUGCGGAAUUCGUUCUACAACGCAGUUGGACUGGUCUAUGAGGAUCGGCAUUAUACUUGGUGCAGCUCGAGGGCUCUUGUACCUUCAUGAUCGAGCCCCUGUGCAAGUUCUGUACCGAGAAUUCAAAGCCUCCAAUGUUCUUUUGGACAAGGAUUUCACUCCGAGAUUGGCAGGAUAUGGCUUGACAGUGGCGAGUUUGCCUGCCGACCAAAAGUUCCCUUUCCAAACGAUGAAGAAGAUGAGCCAGGCUCACGCCAAAAGAAACGUACACAGUUUUGGCAUUGUGUUGCUGGAGCUUCUCACGGGCAAGUACAGCCGUGACGCAUCCUUCAUGGGAGACGAGAAGAACCUUGUGCGAUGGGCUGGUCCGUUUCUCAAAGAUGAUGCUAAGCUGCAACUUAUUUUAGACCCACGCAUCAAAGCUAAGUGCCCUUUGAAGGAGGCUUUGAAGCUCGCUGAAUUAGCCCUCCAGUGCCUAAAAAAGAAAGAGGUUCACAGACCAAGCAUGUCAAAAGUGGUCGACACCCUCAAAACCAUCAAAGACAACUCCAGCUACAACUCCGACCAUAGCUCCAAGAGCAAGGAAAAAAGGCGGGCUACAUUCGGAGGCAUUUCUUUCAAAGAAUUUCAUCACGGGUCUGAAGUAGCAGGUGGAUGUUGAUCCUUGGAAGAUACGUCGGUUGUCUUAGCUCCAUCAGGAUCUGUUUCAAGCUUCCGGACCCGCUGUCUACAGAGAUGGCAAAACCUCACAAAUUGAUACAACCCCGGCUCCUACAUAAGUUGUCUCACUAGCAUUCUUAACUUGGCAUGUAUAUAUUAAUCGCUGCAUUUUACAUUGCACUUGGAAGUCGCAGGGAAGUUUUGUACAUUACUUAACCAUUUAUAGCGGAUGCUAGUUGUGCACUACCCACAUAAUCACUUAGCUUGCAACAUCAACGUGUAGUACUGAAGGAAACAUCAGUGAUUUUUGCACAACUAUAACCCGUUUCUUACAUUUUUAAGUUGUUGCAUAUGGGUAGUGACUAAGACGUAUGAAUCAACUCGUUAAUUUACUACAA